AUGAGAAAUAUCAUUUUAUUAUUACUACUGAUAUUUAUAUUAACCGCCACAUUUCCAUUUACAAGGACAACUCAUGGAGAAGAUGAUUACUACGGCAAAAAUGAGAAGCUCUUCUAUGAUGACGAUGACGAUGAUGAUGAUGAUAAUGACGACGGAGAUGAUAGCGCUGAUGGAGGCGAUAAAAAAUCUUAUGGUCUACACUAUUCCUAUAGUAAUUCAGUUGGAUACUACUCAGAUAGUCCCAAAGUAAAUAUGUCGAAAUCGGGCAGCGUUAAUAUGACCACUAGUAAGCGUUAUUAUCAAAAGAAGCCUACUAUCAUGCACAAGUAUGGUAAAGUUUUAUCACUUGGUAAUACAAUGAAAGACAAAAGAUAUUCAGAAACUACAGAUUUUAAAAUACGUGUUGGUACAGAUCGAUAUGGUCGAAGAAGAGAUUAUUCACGAUUUCAAACCUAUGGAAGAUCUAAUGAUCAUAGUGGAAAUAUGCUGAUCCAUGGCUUCGAUAUAUUUGGUAGAGGAUAUUCAGAGAAAAGAUACAAUCAUAAAGAUUCGUUAAAAAAGGAGAACAAAAAAGAAAAGUUAUUUUCUGACUCCGACCAGUCAUCUCAAAGUGUUACUCUAAACACAUCAAUGCCUGCUGAUCAACUACAGAAUCCUAUGAACAGGUGA